AUGGGGGUAUACCUAGCAGGUGGCAUUGAAGAAUGCCUAGCAGGUGGCAUUGGAGAAUGCCUAGCAGGUGGCAUAGGAGAAUGCCUAGCAGGUGGCACAGGAGAAUGCCUAGCAGGUGGCAUAGGAGAAUGCCUAGCAGGUGGCAUAGGAGAAUGCCUAGCACGUGGCAUAGGAGAAUGCCUAGCAGGUGGCAUAGGAGAAUGCCUAGCAGGUGGCAUUGGAGAAUGCCUAGCAGGUGGCAUAGGAGAAUGCCUAGCAGGUGGCAUUGGAGAAUGCCUAGCAGGUGGCAUUGGAGAAUGCCUAGCAGGUGGCAUAGGAGGAAGGUGGUAUGGGGGUAUACCUAGCAGAUGGCAUGGGAAGAUACACACUAGGUGGCAUUGGAGAAUGCCUAGCAGGUGGCAUAGGAAGAUGCCUUGCAGGUGA